AUGCUUGGGACAAAAACGAGCGGACAGCGCUGUCGAGCGUUAUGUGCGACACGACUGGUACGCACCCCAACUGUUGGUGUGGAUCCGGACACGGACAAGCAUGCCAUCUUGACACGCGAGUUUAUCUACGCUUCACUAUACGCGAAAGCGUCGGGCUACUUUACGACAAAGGACCGGCACGUCGUGCACGUGCCUGCUCGAGGGAUUGACUUCAACAACUUAUGGGGCGCCGGGGAGUACCGGAAAGCCGUUGCGGAGCUCUAUCAAGACAGCAACGAAGCGUGGUUGACGCCUGUCGAGGUGUUUGCCCCCCACUAUUCCGAGGCACUGGCCCGGUAUAUACUGACCUCGCCGUUUUUCCGAAAACACAAGCUCGAUAUUUAUGAAAUUGGGGGCGGCUCUGGGUCCAAUGCGCUGCAUAUUCUGAAUUAUCUGGAAAAAGAGGUGCCGGAAGUGUAUACCAAGACCAAGUAUACGCUGAUUGAAAUCAGUCCCGUGCUGGCGGAACAACAGCGCAAGCGGGUAGCUGCCGUGCAUCCCCAGCAGUGCACGGUAUUGAACCAGGACAUCUUGACAUUUGCAGAUGGGUACAAGGCCGUGACGACGCCGUGUUUCUUUAUAGCGUUAGAAGUGCUGGACAAUCUACCGCACGAUAAGGUGACGCUGUAUAAUAACAAGUGGUACGAGACCAUUAUUGUCCAGAACUCGAGCAACGUUGAUGCAGUACUGGCACAUCACUCGGGGCUAGAAGAAGCGAAACGGCCUGUUCAAGACCUGCUGAUUCGUGAGACACUCCGCCACUUUGGCUGUGAUUUGCCGCUACGUGUAACGUACAAGCACAAUGGCCGUCUGGCGCAGCGUAUACGGUGUAUACUUGGAAAUCACGAGCCGGAGUUGACCUCAGCGUUCAUCCCUACAGGCGCUAUGCAGCUGCUGAAUACGCUGCGGACGGCGUUCCCUAAGCAUCACUUGAUUGCUGCGGAUUUUGACUCGCUGCCAGCACCAGAUUUAGGAAGCGAGUCGCCGAUCAAGGCGAUUAAUCACAAAUUGAGCUCCACUGCGACGUCGUCUGGAACGCUCUUUGCGGGCAAUGCACCACUUGUUGCAUCCAAGGUGACAGGUGUGACGAAGGACCACGACACGUAUCUGGUGAAAGGUGGAAUCGCGGACAUUUUCUUUGCCACGGACUUUGCAAGAUUCAAGAAAGCAUACUGCUCCUCGCUCCAACGUCAUCCCGAUGAGGUGUCAAUCACGAAAUCGUCUGCAUUUCUGAAGGAGUUUGCCGACACGCAGAAAACUAAUACGAUUACCCGGUACAACCCACUGCUAGAAGACUACUCCAACACAAGCUUCAUCUUGUCGUGA